GGACAUUGUAUUAUGUAUGGACAGUGUAAUGAGGAUCUUAAGGGUCAUUAUCAAAGUUGUCAUUACACAGGAGAAGCUAAACCAUUAAAUGGGAGUGCUUUAGAAAUACUAGCCCGACAUUGUCCCCACAUGAUUAAAAAUGGCCAAGAUGUUAAGACUUGCUGUGAUACAAAUCAACUUAAAACCUUUGAUGUAAAUAUCCAAUUGAUGUCAGCUAUCUUACAGAGAUGUCCAAGUUGUUUCGAUAAUUUAGUUAAACAUCUUUGUGAUUUCACAUGCAGUCCACAUCAGAGUUCAUUUAUGAAUGCCACCAAAUUCGAAACAAAUCAAAAAACUAAUAAAACGUAUGUCAAUGCCGUCGACUUAUUUAUUACAAAUAAAUACUUGCAAGGAACAUUUACGUCAUGUAGUCAAGUAUCUGUUCCAAGUAUUGGACAACUAGCAUUGGAUUUAAUGUGCGGACAUUGGGGAGCAACCUACUGCACACCUCAAAGAUGGUUUGAUUUCAUGGGUGAUGCGGCACAUAAUGUAUAUGUGCCUUUUCAAAUAAAUUACAAUACAACAGACACUAAAUUUGGUCCAUUUACUCCAUUGGAUCCUAAAAUAACUCCUUGUAACCAAGCUCCCAAUGUAAAUUCUACAGCAUGUAGUUGCGUUGAUUGUGAAUCAAGUUGCCCUCUGUAACACCACCAGCCGCGCCAUUACUAAAACCAUUGAUUCGUCAUUGAUGUGGUCGAUCGAUAGACUCAUGAGCUUCUUUAGCAAAACAUUUUUAGGAUUUACAAAUAUCUGGAUUAAACUUGUAAAGUUUAAAGGUUUCGAUUGGAAAUUUGCAUAUCGCUUAUUCGUGCGCGUGUCGUGUAUUUAGGAUUGUCUGAGUACGCGGAAAUUCUUAAAUAAACACGGAAUAUUUAAUUUUAUGUAAUAUUAUAAUA